AUGUGCGAUCUCCUGUCCCGAGUCUGGGGGAAGAUGUUCUCAUGGUAUGUCCUGAAGACUCUUCUCAUGGGCCAGUUAUUGUCCCUCUUCAUAUGUGGGACUGCUGUGACCAGCCAGUACUUGGCAAAGGAGUAUGAGGUGGACACCCCCAUGCUGCAGAGCUUUAUCAACUAUUGCCUACUGUUCAUGGUUUACACUGUCUGGCUGGCAUUUAGGUCAGGACAGAACGGGCUUCUGUACAUAGUGAGAAACAAGUGGUGGAAGUAUCUUCUUCUUGGUAUAGUUGAUGUGGAAGCCAACUACUCCAUUGUGAAAGCCUACCAGUUUACUACCCUUACUAGUGUCCAGCUUCUGGACUGUGUCGGGAUCCCUGUGCUGAUGCUGGGCUCUUUCUUGGUUUAUCCUUCACUCAAGAUACAAACUGAUCCAUUAUAUCGCUGUUGUGGUCUGUCUUUUGGGUGUUGGCACCAUGGUUGGAGCAGAUUUUAUGUCUGGAAGAGAGAACGGCAAAGCCUCAGACAUGUUGAUUGGAGAUGCCCUGGUUAUCCUCGCAGCAUGCCUGUAUGCAGUUUCUAAUGUGACUGAGGAGUAUGUGGUGAAGAACCUGACUCGGGAGGAGUUCCUGGGGAUGCUGGGCCUCUUUGGAACGUUUGUCAGCGGGAUACAACUCAUGGUUGUUGAAUACAAUGCAAUUGGCAACAUCCAGUGGAAAUGGCAAGUGGGAUUGCUGUUUGCAGGUUUUGCUGUGUGCAUGUUCUGUCUGUACAGUGUGAUGCCACUUGUUAUAAAAGUCAGCAGUGCCACCUCUGUCAACCUAGGUAUCCUAACUGCCGACAUCUACAGCCUCUUCUUUGGUCUCUUUCUAUUUGGAUACACGUUUUCCGUUCUCUACAUUCUGGCGUUUGUCGUGUGUAUAGUGGGAUUUAUCAUGUACUGCAGUACUUCCUCUUACAGUGCUGAUCCGCCACCCAAAAGGACUAAUGAAGGGGUUGAAAAUGGUGGUAUGAAACAGGAGGAGGUGUCACCUGAGUCUGCCACUCCUCUACAACGCAUACCAGAGGUUGGCGCUAUAGACCGUCAGGACUAA